AUGAGUACCGAGGCCUCCAUGAAGACGUUCUUCUCGUCCAAAUAUAUCGCCGUCGUGGGCGCAAGUUCCAAUACGGCCAAAUUCGGCCACAAGAUCUUCGCCUGGUAUCUCCACCAUAACAUCCCAGCCAUCCCAAUCAACCCAGCCGCCCCCCACAUCACCGUCCCCUCCCUCCCAGACCCCACCAACAACAACCAGCCCAGCGAGAUCCCCACCGUCCCAUCCCUCUCCGCCCUCCCCCACCCCCGCGAGACCUCUGUCAGCAUCAUCACCCCGCCCCCCGUCACCCUCCAGGUCCUCGAGGAGGCCAAGCGCCUCGGCGUCCCCUCUGUCUGGCUGCAGCCCGGCACCUUUGACGACGCCGUGCUCGAAUACGCGCGCCGCGGGGAGGGUGAGCUGGCCGAGAGCGAGGCCGACGGCAUGGGGUUCCAGAGCGUGGUUGCUGGCUUUGGGGGUGGCACGAGGGGUCAUGAGGGGUGGUGUGUGCUUGUGGAUGGGGAGAGGGGACUGAGGGCUGUUGGGAAGUUGUAG